UUGACACCAAUGUGAUGCUUUGUUCCUAUUCAGCGUUAGGCGCACCCUGGGGGAAGCGUUGGAACAUUUGGUAAAGUUUAAUAAACUAGCCCAGUUAAAUGUGUUUAUUCAGUACUGUGCUGUGCAUGUAUGUACAGUAAUUAGUUUAUCAGAUAGGCUAUUCUUGUAGCUGUAAACGAGUUUCAUUUACGAAGCUGGUUCCUCAGAAUUUACGCUGCCAAACUUAAGUCACACAAAAAGGGAAAACGGAUUUAAUGCUUCGUUUUGGGGCCAGCGCUGUCUUCCAUAAAAGGUAUACAAAAGGUGACCUGUGGACUUUCAAUUGUGUCGUCAUGGUUGCCUGCUCCAAUCUAAUGUCAAGCAAAUCUAGGUCAUCAUAACUUCUUCAGGUUUGUGCAUGGCUUGUCCUGCCUUAGCUUGGUAGCCACUCAGUGCCAAGCUGGAGCGGAAGACUCCGCCUACGCACACCUGUUCCUGCACCUAUACCCCUCCCCCAGAACAACUGUCUGACCACACAGCCCACCUUCUAAGCCCAGGAACCCAAUUAACCAACAAGGAGGAGGAGGAGGAGGAGAAGGAGCAAACGGAGGAAUAUGUCAGUGAGGCAGAGCUGCAGGCUUCUCUAGAUGGGUUCAUGGUCAGCUUCAGAGAUGCAGAGACCAUUACUGAUGUGUGUAACAAUACUGACCUGCCGGAGCUUGAGAUUAUUAGCCUUCUGGAAGAACAGCUGCCUGUCUACAAGUUGAGGGCCGACACCAUCUUGGGCUACGAGCAAGAUGACUGGCUGCAUACGCCUCUGGUGGACUCCAGCUCCGCCCUCGACCUGACGACUGAACAGACAGAGGAGACCCUCAAGUACUUCUUGCUUUGUGCUGAUAGAGUUGGACAGAUGACAAAGACCUACAGUGACAUUGACGCCGUCACUCGACUGCUGGAAGAGAAAGAGCGUGACUUGGAAUUGGCUGCUCGCAUCGGCCAGUCAUUGCUGAAGAAGAACAAAGCACUGAGCGAAAGGAACGAACUACUGGAGGAGCAGGUUGAGCACAUACGAGAGGAGGUAUCCCAGUUACGUCAUGAUGUGUCCAUUAAAGAUGAGCUGUUACAAUUUUAUACCAGUGCUGCUGAGGAGAGCGAGGGGGAGUCCACCACCUCCACACCUGUGCGACCCAGUGAGAACGUGUCCGCCCCAACUUUUUUCCCCUUGGACUCUUUGCAGAAGAAACUGAAAGAUUUAGAAGAAGAGAACAAAUCUCUACGAUCUGAGGCAAGCCAUUUAGAAACAGAAACAAUCUCCUAUGAAGAAAAAGAACAACAGUUGGUCAAUGACUGUGUUAAAGAACUCCGUGAUGCCAACGUGCAAAUGUCUUCUCUGGCUGAAGAGCUGGCAAGGAAGUCUGAGGAUGCUUCCAGACAGCAGGAGGAGAUCACUCACCUCCUCUCCCAGAUAGUAGACCUCCAGAAGAAGGCCAAAAUGUAUGCUGUGGAGAAUGAAGAGCUUACACAACACCUAGGAGCUGCCAAAGAUGCCCAGCGACAACUCACUGCUGAGUUGCGUGAGUUGCAAGACAAGUAUGCAGAGUGCAUGGAGAUACUGCAUGAGGCUCAAGAAGAGCUGAAGAACCUAAGAAAUAAAGCUCAUCCACCUAACACUCAGAGGCGUUUCCAUUCUCUGGGCUUGUUCCCAAUGGAUUCUCUGGCUGCAGAAAUAGAAGGCACUAUGAGAAAAGAGCUACAGAUGGAUGACCCAGAUGUAGAGGAGCAGAGACUGCAGCCAAAACGUGUGUUCCAGACCGUUAAAAACCUCAACCUCAUGCGGCAGCAGCGUUCAUCACUCGCCCCUUCCCCGCUGAACAUCCCAGGCUCCAAUCAGUCAUCAUGCAUCACUUCGGGCCGCUCCAGCCGGGUCGGCACGCCUUGCUCCAAUUCCAUAUAUGGCAGUGAGACAGGAAGUGGGAUUGUUCUGGACAACAGAAGUAGCUGUAUCCUGGAGACACCGGAUGAUGGGUCAGAGGAUUCGAACAAGCGGCCCCCUGGAACUCCAGGCACCCCUGGCAGUCGGGACCUGGAGGCAGCCUUGCGGCGUCUGUCUCUCCGCCGCGACAACUACCUCUCAGAAAAACGUUUCUUCGAUGAGGAGAGGGAGAGGAAGCUGGCUUACCUUGCCAAAGAGGAGGAAAAAGGAGGAAGUGGAAGUAGCGGAGGACCGGGGACUCCAACAGAAAGUCUCUUCUCACUGUGCUCACAUCCAUCCUUGGGCAGCGUGUGGUCGGGGUACUCGUUCACCGCCAGAUCCUACCUGCCGGAGAAGCUGCAGAUUGUAAAGCCGCUAGAAGGCUCCGCUACACUCCAUGCAUGGCAGCAGUUGGCUCAACCCCACAUGGGCGCUCUGCUGGAUCAUCGACCUGGGGUGGUCACUAAAGGCUUCCGCACUUUAUCGCACGAGCAAGACGAGGCGGCUGGCUGGCAGCUUGACCAACCCGAGGAGGACGAAGUCUUAAGUGAAUCGUUACCGGGCUUAGCGGACCUUCCGUGUUCUACCUCUUCUCCUUCCAUUUGCUGCAACACAAAUAGCAACGUCGACGCCAGUAGCCGAUCUGAAACACUGUGUGGCGAAAGGGAGACAAUUCUGCUGAAAGACGGACAUGUCAGUCCCUCUGCAAGCCCGCCGCCCUUUUCCUCACCGCAGUCUUCCUCUAAGAUGAACGGGCAUGUGGACUUCAAGGAGCUCGGCACAUUGGACCACCUGCCUGCCAACUUCCCAGGGAAGUGUGUAUCGCACACUAGCUCCACAUACACCUUCACCACCUGCAGGAUUCUCCACCCCUCUGAUCAGCUGACUUCCGUGUCCCCAAGCUCAGCCGUAACCUCGUGUCAAAGCAGCGUUACAUCCACUCCAGCUCCUGUCGCCUUCUCCGCCCCACUCACGCCCUCCUACACCCCAUGCUGCACCCCACGCCGCCUCUCCCUGGCCGAAUCCUCCACCAACCUCCGAGACUCCACCAAGACCACCAGCACCUCGCUAGGCCUCGUGCACCUCCUGCUUGAACACGGCAUCUCCGCGUCGGUGUACGACCCCAGCAGCUGGGACCGAGGGUUGGACGCCAGCGGCGCUUCAACGCCACGAAGGGGAGUUGAGACACCAAAGUUCACUCAGACACCAGAGGAGGAUGAAAACCACCUCCUCCUCCAGCCUUCCACUCCUCCAAAUUCCCCACGUUCUUCUUCCAAAUCCGCCACCGCCUGCCCAGUUUUUCAGUUCAGCCCCUCCGAUGACGACCCACCGUACUUUGACACCUUCCUCGCCUCCAAGCCGGCACGUGUCAUUCUACGGGAAGUGCUCGGCGAUGCUGAGAGGGAGCGAGGCGGUCAGACAGAUGAGGCGUUGAACCUGAGACUCGUGGAAAAACUGAAAAGGUUCCGGACCCUUCCGCCUCAAGCUGCCUCUGUCUCGCCAGCAAGUCGUCUGUUCGGAUCCACUGGGCUCGGGAGCACAGCGCUGGGCGGGGGGCUUCCGGGUCUGAACACAGGAUUGAGGAGGAACAGAAGCUAUCCUGCUAUGGUGGGAGCCAGUAUGGCCAUGAAAGAUCCAGGAGGCCCCCCCACUAGUGACAUGGCCACAACACACGUGAUACAAACACAACAUAUUUUGCAUUCACACGACAAAAGAAAUCACACUGUGUCUACAAAGACCCCGGAAACUGACCAGAGACAAGCCAAAACGACUAAAACUUUGCAGGAUUCAAUUAGCGAUGGACAAUGUGGACACAAGCGUGAAUUUUCAUGAGUAACCCGCGUAUGUACUUUGCUAGCAGUCAUCAUUUCAAUGUAAACGUACGGUGAGUUCAUGUCAGAAUGAGGAUGUUGUGUGCAUUAAUAAUGUACACGGUAUGUGCAAUACACUAUUCAUGAAAAAACCCAAUUUGGCCUUAAAUUUCUCUCCUUUUGUUGUAUCAACGUGAAAAAUGGCACUAAAACAUUAUUUGUCCAUACUGGCCCGA